CACGCGCGAUGGGGCGACAGGUCUGUGUGUUUGGAGAGCGAGAGGAAAAGGAACGUUGGAGAGUGGGAAUGAUGGCGGUGAAGGAGUGACAAGUUUGGGGAGCGUAAACUGAACCCGGGGGGAGCACUUUGCCGUCUCCUCAAGAUACAAGAAACGCAGAAACUAGAGAUGGCCGCAGUCUGCGUGAAGUAAGGCGCCGGGAGCAGCGCGGUGGGACCUAUGGCACUGUUGAAGUAGACGAACGGAGGACGUAUGAAACGUAUGCAACGGAAGGGGAAAUAAAGAUUUGGAUAUAACUUUUUUUGCGCCUGGCCAGCGAUCAUUCUGCGCUUCACUGUCUGCAUUUGAGCUUUGAAAAUGAUCAAGACUGAGAGCAAAGGCGACCGGACGCUACGGAGUGCUUCUCCUCACAGAAAUGCAUACAAAUCGGACUUCCACGCAAUUAAGUGCUCUUUUGAUGGGGCUAGGUCCGACGGCGCUUCCAAGUCGUAUGCAAAUGGCUCCAGCGAGUCACGGGAGGAGGCGAGGGGGAGACCGUUUGGCAACAGGGUGAAUAAGAUCAAAAACAUCUUCCUGCAGAUGGACGGGCAGCAGCAGGACAGCCAAGAGGUGAAAACAGGCUUCAAAAGUGAUGCUUCCCAGGUUUCUCCACCAAAGCCACAGUUUACAGGCAGUGCGCACAGAGCCAGUUUGGGGAGUGUUAGCAGCCCGGAACCUCUGAGCUCAGACAAACCCCACAAGGGUGACGAUGGUGACAUCGAUAAAGCCGCACUGGCCGAGAAGUUCUCCGUCACCAGGAAGCUGUUUGAGAGGGGCAUCAAAGACCCACCGUCAGCCGAAAAGCAGUCCCCCACUAAAGCGGGAGGUCGGGUCUCUUUGGGCAGCGUGGGUGACGAGGGGCGGGGCGUCAGGAGAUCGUCGGGGUCCGUGGAGGGCACGCUCAGCGGCGUAAAAGCCGACGCCCACCCCGCCGUGCCAGCCAAACCCCGGCUGGAGGACAAGAGCGAGGGAGAGGAGAAGAAGCACGCGCCGCGGGCGUCCCUGAACGCCGGUCCCAUCUCCCGGAGGCUGGAGAACUUCAUGGUGGACAGCGACGGCGAGGAAACCAACAACAAGGUGGCGGUGAAAGGAACCGAGAGCCAGCCGAAACUGCGCAGCCCCUCCGAGCGUUCGCUGCCCACCUCCCCUGUAGGCCAGAGCCCCCAUAAACCCACCGCUCUCAUUGGCCAAAGCUCUCAUAAACCCACCUCACCCACUGGUCAAGGUUCUAAACCCACCUCUCCUGUUGGUCACAGCCCUAAAGCCACCUCCCCAAUUGGUCACAGCAUUCAUAAGCCCUCAUCCCCAGUAAGCGAUGGUGUUUGCAAACCGGCCGCAAACACCGUUAUGACCAAAGCCUCCAGUCCCCCGCCAAGCGCUGCAAAAGAGCCGCCAUCAUUCGCCGGUCGCUGCUACAGCCCCAGCAAGGCCAAGACCUCAGAGGGGGACAAGAAUGAGGGGAGUGUUGCACAGAGCUCCAAUCAGGAGAAGCCGGCCGAACAAGCGCCGUCUUUGGACACAGCCGGGGUGGGAAUGGUCCGAGCAGAGCUGGUGGUGGUUCAGAAUGAGUCUUCGGAGAGCGAGGAGAACGAGGAUGACGUUUUCGAGGAGCUGAAAGUGGAACCUUCAGAGGAGCAGGAGGAGGACCCCUUGAAUGAGCUGAGAGCAGACUCCCCAAAAGAGGAGAGUGGAGAUCACCAAGAAGAGAGUCUGGACGAGUCUCCAGCAAACCACGUCUCACAGAAGACCAUGGACGAGGGGUCAGAGGUCACGGAGGAAAAGCAGGUGUUGAAAGAGAAGGAAAUGGGAAGUAGCAGGAAGGAACCGGAGCUGGAAGUGAGGGAAGAGUGCAGGGAGGAGACAGGGCCGGCGAGCCGGAGCGAGGAUUACAGAGAGGAGGAAGAGACUGUGGAAGAGGAGGAGGCUGCGGAGGAGGAGAGCGAGCAGGAGGAUCAGGUGGAGCGGAGGCCCGGGGAGGUGGUGUCCCCUGUGGUCUACGGCAUCGAGAACGCCGCCUUCGUGGAUGACAGGGACACUGACCAGGAGCACCAUGAGGAGGACCAGCCCUGUGAGGAGUAUGAGGAGGUGCCCGGCUUAUCAGAUGAGGAAGACCCAGGCCUGCGGAGGAAAAUCAGGUUCUCCACCGCUCCUAUCCGGGUUUUCAGCACCUACUCCAACGAGGAGUAUGACCGACGCAACGACGAGGUGGACCCGGUGGCGGCCUCCGCCGAGUACGAGCUGGAGAAGAGGGUGGAGAAGAUGGAUGUGUUUCCGGUGGAGAUCGAGAAAGGAGACAACGGCCUGGGCAUCAGCAUCAUCGGGAUGGGUGUGGGGGCGGACCAGGGCCUGGAGAAGCUGGGGAUAUUCGUCAAGACCAUCACGGAGGGGGGCGCGGCCCAGAGAGACGGGUGGAUCCAGGUCAACGACCAGAUCGUGGAGGUGGACAACAUCAGCCUGGUGGGGGUGACGCAGCUCUUUGCUGCCACCGUCCUGAAGAACACCAAAGGCACCGUCAGCUUUCUGAUUGGCCGGGAGAAGCCUGGGACACAGAGUGAGGUGGCGCGCCUCAUUAGUGAGACCCUGGAGCAGGAGAAGAACCAGCAGCAGCUGCGCAUGGAGGAUCCCUACGACCACUCCACAGAGGAGGACGAGCACUACGAGGAAGAGGAGGGGGAGGACGAGGUCCUGAGAUCCAGCUUCUCGAGCAAGACGACGGCCGACAUACUGGAUCUCCCGGAGAGCGAGGACAUGUUUCUGCCGUCCAACAUGGAUUCGGCGCACCUGGGAUUCAAAUUCAAAGAGCUCCAGAUGAAGCACAGCAUAACCACAGCUGAACUCAGCCAAGUAAAGGAGAGGCUGAGGGCGUCGGAGGAAAGCAAAGCAUCAUGGGAGUCGAAGCAGGCCCAGCUGCAGCAGGACCUGGAGGAGACGCAGGAGAGGGUUCAGAAGCUGGAGACGUACUGGCUGGAGGCGCAGGAGCUGUGCAAAACGCUCAACGAGCACCUGACGGAAACGCAGAACCAGCAUGAGGCCCUCGACAAGAAGUACAACAAGGCCAAGAAGCUGCUGAAGGACUACCAGCAGAAGGAAAUCGACUUUGUGAAGAGGGAGGAGGAGCUGAAACGAGCUCUGGAUGAGCAGGAGAAGCAGUACAAGGAGCAAGUGGAGAGCCUGAUGGAGAGGAUCGCGGUGCUGGAGGCCAGAGCCCCCUCAGAAGAAUGUGCAGAGUCCCCCUCCCGUCCGGACUCUGUGGGAGAGAGAAGGCUGAGCAGUCCGGAACCUGGAGAGCUGGUCAAGGACACGCAAACGGCAGACACCUUGCUGUCAGAUGCCGACUGGGGCGAUGCCGUCCCCGAGACGGAGCGGCUGGACACCAGCGCGCACCGGGCCAAGGGCCAGCUCGCCCAGAAGGCCAAGCGGCAGCCGCCGUCACGCAGCAAGCUGAGGGAGACGUUCGGAGCGCCGGCCUGCCCAGCUCCGGAGAACGAGGAAGAGGAGGCCCCCGGGGAGGAGUCUCCCCGAAGGAGGCGGUCCAUCCAGGAGAGCCUGUCCCUGCCUGUGCCCAUGCUGGGCAAGAGCGAGGCGCCCGAGCCCGUGGGGAGCCCCAGGGUCCGGGCGGAGCUGUCUGCCUCACCCUCCCUCCCGGUGCAGACGGGCCAGCAGGGGGGCGGGUCAGACAGCGGCACCAGCCCCACCCUGACCCCGCCCAAAGACACGCCCUCCCCGCACUCUCCCUCCGGCUUCCUGCGCAACGUCAAGAAGAGGGAGUCCAAGGGGAAGGGCAAGGAGGCCAAAGAUGAUACAAACGACACUUCGUCCACAGGAAAACCAAAAAGACGAUUCCCUGACUUUGGCGGCCUCCGAAAGUCCGGCGGCAAAGGGAAGAAGCAUGACAAGGAGUCAGUUCGAGCUUCUCUGGACAGCAGGGGGUCGGCGGACUUGCUGGAGGAGUCUGGGGGGAACCUGUCCCCCUCGGAGUCUGUGUCCUCCAUCCCCACCUGCAUGCCCUUCUCCUGGUUCGGGGACCGGGACAAGGAGCCCUCAUCUUCCAGCAGCAGCCUGCCCUACACGGCCACCGAGACAGGCAUCGAGCAGAGCCAGGACAGGAAGCACAAGAGUUUGUCUGUCAUAGAUGAUUCAAACCCUGGAAGUCCCAGUUCGGACUUGACAGGGCUAGUUGCGGAGCCUGCUCUGUCCGGGCGCUCGCAUACUUUAACCUUCUCUUCCAACGAGACUUUGGACGAUGACCCGGUCCCCACGGGGAAGGAAUACCAGUGGCAGAACCGCCCCAUCUCCGAAUGGACCAAUCAGCAGGUCUGUCACUGGUUGAUGGGCAUGAACAUGGACCAGUACACGCCCGAGUUCACAGCCAAGGGCGUGGACGGACAGCAGCUUAUGCACCUGGACAGCGACAGGCUCAAGGCGCUGGGCGUUUCCAGCCAGAGUGACCGUGCCACCAUCAAGAAGAAGCUGAAGGACAUGAGGAAGGCCCAGGAGAAGCUGGAGAAGCAGCGGGAGAAGAAGGAGAAGGAGGCGAGGCGCAGCGGGAAGCUGCCGGCCAGCACCGACUCCAUCUGCUGAGCUUCACAUGGGGGGCGGAGUCCUGCUCCCGGCUCCUCCCACUGUCCCUGACCCCGCCCAGCCGGUACUGUCACAUCCAGCCACUCUGCUGCUCCAGGCAAACUCAUACAUUACUCACACACUACUCUUAAACCACUGCUGAGCAGAUGAAAACCACAACAGGAAACACCUCCCUCCAGAAUGCUUUUUUUUUUUUUUUUUUUUUUUAAUUCCUCUGUGGUAUUGAUUGAUGGUCCUAUACUAAAUGCUGUAAAUUCUAGAGCAGCUUCAUUUUAAUGCAUUUUAAUCGAGCCUGCCUUCAUGCUAUCGCAACACGACGACGUCACUGCCAAUACAAAUCAGAGCAUGGCCACUCAAGACUGUUAACUGACAUCCGACAAUGUUCGCCCCUCCACUCGGCUUUCGGUACCCCCAACAGCUGUUGAACUCGGCUUUGUCUUUCAAGUUGCACAACACCAUAGUGUUGACUUGGGCACAGUGAGGUCCUUGGCUGUAGCUGGAGUUGGUGGGGUGGACAGAGAACAGCGAGAACAUCCAGGACAUGGGACUGACUGCCUCGCAGCCUUAAGUCCUCUACAGACUGCAGUGAAACCUAAAUGCAAAGAAAAUGUAUAUCUACAGCUUACAUCACUAUAGCUAUUAUAUGCAGACAUUUCAUUACUCAAAGGGAAUCUGAAGAUUUGAUUGUAGUUGCGUACACGCCAAACACGUGCUUAGUGUAGUCCUCGAAAUGAUUUUUUUUUUAUGUUUUAGGUGUCGAUUUUACUUUGCCACUGUAAGGAUGAGAAAAGUGAUACCUCCUUCUCAAAGGUGUUUUAGAAAUGAGUCACUAGAGGAUCUCGCUCAUGGUUCCCCACACAACUGUAGGGUGAAAUGAACACUGCUUUUUUUUUUUUUUUUGCAAGAAUCAUACCUGUAGACAUGUACAGCUCUUUUCAUACAGGAACUUUGUACAGUUGAGAUAAAAGCACUAUAUUGUCUUUUAAGCUACAAAAGGUGACAAGGUUUUAAAUGUAUAAAUAAAAGGUUUUAUACAUGUUUGCGUAUUAACUGCAUACAUUUUUUUUUAAAAAAAGAAAAAUUUCAUAUGAUUAGAGUUUAAGCAUUUAGGUGAACAUUUUCUACUAAGUAGAAUUAGCCAAUAGUACGGGACCACUUUUGCAAAGGAAAGCGAAGUUUACAGGGUGUGGCUGUGAUUUUACUGCUGACUGCACAGGGAGAAGGACAGUAGGGGUUAGACGUGUUCUGUGGUCCAGUUCAACAGGGGAAACCAGUGUCUUUCAAGGCUGACAUGGGCCAUGGUGACCCACUACAUGCACUCCUGUUGAUCGGGGGGGGGGGGGGAGUGCAGACAGGGGUCUGGAAGAAUUAUGAUGCAGAUUAAUUAAAAUGUUAAGAUUAAGGUGUGGCAUUCCGCCUCAUUCCUCACAUUCGACCUGAUCUUUAGGCCUGGAGCGUUGCAAUCGUGACCACGGAUCCUGCAUCCCUGUGUGCCCCGUUGAAUUUUUUCUUUGUGAGAUAGAACUGAUUUCUCUGUAUCGUUUGAUCAGACUGAGCAUCAGAUUUUUUAAUAAACAUUCAGACAAAGGGAUUGUGCAGUAAGUCCCACAGGUCUGGUGAGAAGAGCCAGACCCCUGUGAUGAUCCCCGUGGUAAAUACUGUACAUGCAGCACAAAUAAAACUCCUUUUCUUGUAUUAAGGCAUGCCGCUUCAUCUGUGUGAACUUCUUGCUGUAUAAAACAUAAGACUUUGUAUUAUGCCCGACCUGGGAAUUGGACAGGACACACAGAGGAAGUAUAAUUCAUUGUAAAAGCUGAGGAUCAGCGCCAACACUGCUGUUC